AUGUUAAGUUUUAAUUUUCGAUUAAUUUGUAUUAGCAGAAGUCCAUAAGUCUAAUCUACAGUCUCUACUUAUUUGUGUUGUUAGCCCCGUUUACACGAGCAAAUUUUAUUUGACAAAUUUCAUUUCAUCAAAAGCAUUUGUUGUUCAAAUAAAGUUGUCACAAAUUUAUCAUCUACACGAGCAAAAUAUCUCUGACAUAUGAAAUUUGUCAAAUAAAAUUUGCUCGUGUAAACGGGGCUUUAUUUGUGUGAUAUACAUGUAUGUUGUAUUUCGUGUUAAAUGUGUAUACUUUAAUAUAUAUGUGAUCUGUUUGAAAUGCAGUCACAUUUGACAGCAUUGCAAUAGCCCGUCUAAUAUUACCCAGUGUAUGGCUUGUGCUUGCUAUGGUAGCCCUCCUAUCGGCUAUCAGUCAGCCUAAAACAUGUGUAAGGGGCUGCUUAUAUGGAGGCGAGCCGCUCAGGUAACCUGGCUAUAGCUCGCUUUCCCUGGAUGAAUGUCUGGUUACAUGUAUGAGCCUCUUUAGAUGGGCAGACUUGCCAAAACAAAUCACCCAGACUGAGUUAUAUAGUACAAGCACAUUUCCCAAUAAAGUGAACCAACAAGUGAUCAAUCACUCAUACUUUUGCAGACAGUCUCGAAAUGUAUAAACUGACAAAAACAGUCACAGAGAUCUUUUUACCCAGCUGGGCCGAGGGGUAAUACCAUGCCAAAUCGUGGGUGAUUGUAUAUAAUUUAUAUGGAAAAUCCUAGCUUGGCAUUAGCAAGAUUUUGGGACCAUGAAUUUUGGGUCAAUUAUGCACUUCUAUUUUAAACACCCUUUACCAGAAAAGUUGUAUUCAUUUGGAUGAUGUUAGUUCAAUUGCAUGCUUACAUUAAAUGAGUAAAAGCAUUUGAAUUUUGUAUUUCUUGCUUUGUAUGUAUGCAAAAAAUCAAAAAUCGCAAAUUCAUUGUCAAUCAAUCAACAAUUUUUAUUUUGUGUGUGUUGGUGUUAUGUACUCAGACCUUGAAUAUAUGAUGUUUGUGAUGUUACUGUGAGUGUGCGUCCACACCGGGCAAGCUGAAAAGUUAGCUUGGCCACAGUGGGAAUCGAACCUGUGACCGUGGCCAAGCUAACUUUUCAGCUUGCCCAGUGUGGAUGCACACUCAGUGAGAGUCAGUGGUGUAGCCAGCCCGACAAUUUAGUCCUGCUAUGCAAAUUAUUAUCAUUAUUCAUUUCUCUAGAAAUUUAUUGUUUUCACAGUCAAUGAACAUGAAAAUAUUUGCAUAGCGGGACCAAAUAGUCGGGCUGGCUACGCUACUGGUGAGAGUAACAUCACAAACAUCAUAUAUUCAUGCACCUGAGUACAUGACACCAACACACACAAAAUAAUCGAAUCAUUGAAUACCCCUGUACACUGAUAUCGAAGGAACUAGACUCAGUUCCAAAAUAUCAUCAACUCGAACAGACUUGACCAUGUAGCUCAGUUGGCAGAGCAUUGGACUAGUAUCCCAAAGGCCGCAGGUUCGAUUCCCACCGCGCCCAAACUAACUUUUCAGCUUGGCCGGUGUGGAUGCACACUCAGAGUAACAUCACAAACAUCAAUCAAUAAUUUGCUGCUGUUAUAUAUCAGCCUUAUAUAUUUUUUUCUUACUAGGGAUUCUCAUUAAUAUAUGGAUUUAACAAAAGCUUCCCAGGAGAAGGCAAGUUGUCAAAACAAGUGGUAUUAUAUGUAAUCAUUAAUGGCAUUCUAAGAACUUCAUGGUCUAUUUGGAAAAUGUUAUUCUUUUGCUGGAGAGCAUUUUUGUGAAUUACCAAACCAUGCAAGGGAUGGAGUUGCCGACUUGUGGUAUACAGCUUGUUUUGUACUAAAUUUUUACUAAUGGACUUGCUUGACAUGUUUGAUUGAGAAGUGACACUACGUACAUUUAAUACAUGGAGUAUAUUUUACUUGUAAAGAUUCUACAUUGAACAGAAUAUUUACCCUUUAAGUGGCAAUUUGCUUUACUUUUUUAUUUUUUCUGUCAAAUGUGGUCAGACAAUUUUUGCUCAUUAAGGAGAGUGCUGCCACUUAAUGGGUUAAAGCUUUUCUGUAAAUAUAAAUUUUUUGAACGAUAACUAUGUAAUAGCCGGUACUGUGCUGGGAAUGGAACCUGCUGCCCUACAGGUGAUUCUGACCUCAGCUUUUUAACCGUCAAAGGUCCUGAAGCCCUAAGAGUCCAUCGCCCUGACAGUCAAUCAAGCUCUACUGUAACCAAGAGUUCAUGUAUAUAAUACUAGUGUCAUCCUGGGCAGUUUAUUUAAUACACUACCAAUGACACCACCAUGGUAUACAUACAACAAUUUGUGGUUACCUCUUGGCAAAAGGGCUCUUUAGGUCAGAGGGCUGCGGUAGAAUUGCAGGGCUGCAGGUUCAAUUCAUGCUGACAGGCUUGUAAUUGUAUUGCACAUGUAUUCAUGAUAUCAUUCUAAUCAUGUAUUCAUGAUAUCAUUCUAAUCAAUUUAGAACUUCAUUAAAAUAUUAUAGGGCAUAAGAGUAUUUCAUUAUAUUAUGCUACAGCAAAUUGUAUUUCCUGCUAUAAUAUACCUUACUUGUAGGGAUAAUAAAUUAUUUUGACUCGAAAAAUGUCUUUAUUGAUUUCUAAAAUUAGUUAAAGACUUUUCUUUACUCCGAUAUAUAGAAGUCAUUUUGUCUCCAAAGGAGUCGACUUGACUCCAAAAGUGGAGUAAAUAAAAAAGGUACAGAACGACUCCUUUUUUGGAGUAAAAUUUACUCCUUUAUUUACUCCAUUUUUGGUGUAAAUUUUACUCCUUAAGUAGAGUUGUUUUUACUCUUUGAGGAGUAAAAACAACUCUACUUAUGGAGUAAAAUUUACUCCAAAAAUGGAGUAAAUAAGGGAGUAAAAUUUACUCCAAAAAAGGAGUCGUUCUGUACCUUUUUUAUUUGCUCCACUUUUGGAGUCAAUUUGACUCCUCGAAAUUAACAGUGCGUCGACCCAAUUUGCAUAAUCAACCCUUUUUCAACUCUAUCCAACGUCUGGAAGGUCAUUUCUAACGUUGAUUCAACGUUGGAUAAACGUCAUUUUGCCCGCUGGGAAGACCAUUGUCGGAUCGCGGAUUUUGCUUCAAAUUUGGGCGGAUCGGCGGAUUUGUAUACCCCAAAUAAUGUAAAACUAUCUUCUUAUUUUCGCAGCGGGUGAGCGGCCACCAAUCUUGGGCCUCUUGGCUUUUUUUUUAUUUGUUCUUUUUCUUUUGAAUGUAUGAUAAUUCGCUUCGGCAGAUAACAUUUUCUGGGUCUGAAUAAUAUACCUUAUUACAUUAUUACCUAUAUACAUAAUUAUACGUCAAACGCGGAUAAACGCCCCGCUUGCCCCGCAAUAUAGUCUGUACCCAAAUAAGAAAAUCUAUUGUAUGCUGAUAAUUUUAUCUAUUUUAAAGCUAACGAAGAUUUGCAUUCCUGUUCCACUCUAUCACUGUUUUGGAAUGGUUCUUGGCAGGUACUGUAUACUGUAUGUUUUUUGUUUUUUUUCAUAAUGCAUGCCAUUGGGUCUGUCGGUCUGAUAAUUUUGAAAUUUUGUUAAGUUUUCUUCUCAAUAGUUUAAUAUCGAUAAUCUUCGGAGCAACGGCAGUUUAUCCCUCAGCUGGCUUUGAUGCUCGGGCUGCACUUGCUGCUUGCCACAAUGAAAAGUAAGUGAAGACUAAAGUUAAAACUAGAAAUGCAAAACCCCUCUCCCAAAAUAUUUUUGCAUAAAUAGGGUAAAUAUGUCAAUAUUUACACUUUUGCGAGCCCUCGUUUUCCUAUUUCUGCUAAAUACAUCAUGCAGAUCUAGAGCCUUCAGUGCUAACCAAACCAAAAACCUGAAGUAUCAUCAGUAUUCAUAGUGUUUGUCAUGGUAUAUACACGAUCAUUUUUAUAUUUUUUUGUACAAAAUUGUAAAAACAUGCAAUUGAAAGAAUAUUAUUUUUAAUUACAAAAUCAUCAAUUUCCAAAACAUAUGUCAUAUAUGUUAGGUAUAUGUUAUUUAUAUGCAUUAUUUAUAAGCUGAAAUUUAAUGUAAAAUUCUGCCUUAUAUAGUUAUAUUAGACGUUUUGUAAAACAUUUUGAAAUGUUCAUAAAUUAGUGAUAAAAUUAAACUGCUUUUAGCCUUUUUACCGAUAAACUUUGAGUUUGAACUAAAAUCAUCAGUUACAAAUCAUGUGAUUCUCUCAUUCGUGAAAAUAAUUAGUAUAUUGGGUCAUAGCCAUGCGCCUGCGGUCAUUGAUGGACUUUUUCACUCCGCUAACCAACAGGUAUCGAGAUCUCCAUUUUUCGCGUGUGUAAAUAGCCGAGUGGAAUUAUCACCCUGGCUCGGAGAUUACGUUUUUUUCCCUAAAUCGUCUUUAAUUUAAAUUUCCCCCGACUUUUUUCUAUAUUCUCACAUUUUUAGACAUUAAAUGGUUUUCGUUGGUUACUUGUCUGAUGUUUUCAUUGAAGUCCGUGUGCAUUGUAUAAAAAAUUUAAAAUAUGUUUAAUAAUUAUUCUUUUACUUACAAUAUCUUUUAUCCAAUACGUAAAGUUUGUGAAAAUCAACUGCAAGCUGUUCUAAACAUGACGCUAAUUGUUUAGAUGUACAUCACUUUAUGGCACGCCUACUAUGUUUAUUGAUAUGUUAAAUCACGAGGAUCUACCUAAAUUUGAUCUCACGUCUCUACGUACAGGUACGGUAAAAUGAAUGUGACCAAUUCUUUCCAAAAAUUAAUAUUCAUUGAUAUGGUAUUAAAAUGUGUAAAUUGUUAUAGUCUGUAAUAAAAUAGAGUAGAAUAUUUUACCAAUUUUACCCCUUGUAUAGAAAUCUUGGUGAAAUAUAAAUUAGUAACAAAUCCCUUUCUUGUUGGUUGCUGAAUUCUAAAUCUGUUUAAGAUAAUAUUAAAUUGGUUACUUAAAUAUAUAUUUCCACGUAGUCGGUUGAGAAAUAACCAUGAACAAUUAAGUUACUUCUUUUGUAUUAAUUCAAGUCUUAAUGACCACAAAAUAUUAUUUCUUUAAAUGUUUGAACAUAAUCAUUUCAGGUAUUAUGGGUGGUUCCCAGUGCCAUAUUGAAAUAAUGAACGCGGUUAUUGAAAAGAUGCAUUUACCUGAAAUGACGGUAUAGUAUUAAACAUCUUAAUUCUCAGAAAUAUACUCCGUCAAAUUUACGAAAUUUAAACUCAUGUCUAGCGUAACACAGAUUUUCCAUCUUCAAUUCCUCAAUUUCUGUCUUUGGAAAGAAGAUGUUUUGUAUAAUGAAAUAUGUACUGUACGAACUAAGUGAAACAGUUUAGCGAGCAUCAUGCCAACGUCACAACACGCAAACACUGGCGAGGCUGGGGGAAUUUGACUUAUCAUUCUAUAAGACCUGCACACUCCACGGGGUGCAAGGUGUAUCAUUCGAUAAAUAUCGAAAUUUUGGGCAUCUCGCUUCAUAGAAAGUUCAAGACCUUUUGUAUAGUGAAGAUUUCGAGCAUAAAUUUUACACAUUUUUAGACCUAAGUAUACCUAAAAUGCAACUAUAGGCCCUCACCAGAAGGCCAAUCUAAAAAUCUACAAAAUACCGUCAACAUUUAGUUCUAGUUAAAUGAUAAAAUGAGAAAUGCUUAUAUUCUCAUUUUAUAUCGCAGAUUGCCUAUGGUUUAACAGAACUGUCUACUAUCUGCUGUCAAACUCAAGUUGACGAUCCUGUUGAUGUUAGAGUGUCAACUGUAGGGAAAAUAAUUUCAAGUACAGAGGUAGGGAUCGGAGAGCGGAUGAUCGGCAAACCAAGAGAAGAGAUGGUAUGAACAUUGUAGGCGUACAGGACAGGGGACAGGUGCCAAAUGCUAGGAAAAAUCAAGAAUAUUCGGGCAGAUUUAUCAGAAAAUAUGUUAAAUUCAGGUGAUAUUAUUACAGUUCUCUGUAAAAAUUCGGGCAAACUUUCAACUGCCCCCGCCCCCAAGUAUCACCCCCUAGUCUUUAUCUCGUCGGGUAUAUCCAUACAAUUUCGUCGGCCAAAUUUUGAAAAUAUUCGAGUGUCUCGGAUUGAAAAGUAAAAAUUGUAGGGAAAAUUUUGAUAAAUUUACGAAAAUAUUAAUGAAUAAUUUUACAAAUUACGGUGAAUUAUUUUGGGAAUUAGUGAAAAAUGCUAUGUCCGGAAUUUUUGUUUAACCUCCCCGCCAACAAUUUUGCGAAAUGAAAUAUUAGUUAGCGACUGAAAUGUUCGUCCGUCGCGAACGACUUCGUCCACGCCCUUUUGGUCGGGGGUAAAACAAGCUCAGGGACUGUAAUCAUGCAUCAGAGGGAACGGAUGUAAUGAUGUAAUGUUUUCAUAGACGUUAAACAGCCACUUGCCUGUAUCUUUCUAGGGUAAGAUAGUGAAUGAACAUGGUGAGAUAAUCCCUGUAGGUGAAGGUGGUGAACUGUGUGUGCGUGGUUUUGGUGUCAUGUUAGGGUAUUGGGAAGAUGAAGACAAGACAGAAAGUAUGAUAGAUGCCAGUGGGUGGUUACACACAGGGUAAACAUAAUUUUUUUUUUGUUAAAAUGCGAACCAAAAAAGGAUUAUGAAACAAAAACGGAGUUCAUAUCCAACAAUCAUGGAGCAAUCGCGAACACAGCGAUUGCGAAUACACGAUUAUUGUACAAUAAUCUUAAACGGUCUGUACCAGUGUAGGUAGUGCCGAUAAUAACAAAACUUUGGUUCGUAUGAAUGCAACUACCUGAAAAUAUGAAGAGAAAUUCGACAUUUCGAGCGAAUGCCCAAGUAACUUCCCAACGAAGGGCCUUCGCUCGAAAGUCGAAACCAGGGGUGGCGCUAGACCUCUUUGAAUGGGGGGGGGUGUAAGUGAAUUUUGCCGAGUUGUCAAAGCAAAUUUUGCCGAGUCACUACAAUCACUAAUUAAUAUAUAUUCCUUCUCAAGAAUAUUUUUUCCCCACAACAUAUCUCCCAAUCUUAUUUUGUGUUUAACCAUCGUUCUUCGUUCCAUUUUCCCCUAAUUUUUUCAUAAAUUUCUCCUCAUCUUAGCUAUCAUUCUUAAUUUUUAAUCGAUGUCAUUCAAAUAUAUUUUUUUCUUCCUAUCCAAAUCCAUGUUUUGCCGACUGGGAUUCAAUAUUUUGCCAACUACCUGAUGACUGGGAGGAUGUUAUACCCCCCCUUUAGUGCCGGCCCUGGUCGAAACGUCCGAUCUCUCCUUGUAUUUUUCAGGUUAUUGUACAAUACAAUUAAAUUAAUGUCUUCAUGUCGAAUACACCUUUCCAGAAAGUAUGUACUUAGCCUUGGCUAUAGAGCAAAUUUUCGGGAUUAAAGUAUCGAAGGUGACACUUUACGAAAUCAUAUACCAGAUAUAUUAGAUAAUAUAAAAGACCUUUAUAUAAAUAAUUUAUCGAUAACAAGAUAAAGCCUUUGUAACUAACCUUUAUUAAAGGGCUUAAAGGGCUUGAAGCCGAUAUCCCAAUCCCGAAAAGGCGAAAAUGAGACUCCAAUUAACCAAGGCUAAGUAUUACAGAAUAUAGUCCACAGAAUAUGUAUAUAUGCAGAAUAGCCCUGUAUUUAACAUAUUUCACAUCUCUGGUUAUAUGCAGUAGCGUAGCCAGCCCAACGAUUUAGUCCCGCUAUGCAAAUAUUUUUGUGUUCAUUGAGUGUGAAAACAAUUAAUUUCUAAAGAAAUGAAUAAUGAUAAUAAAUAUUUUGAAUUUGCAUAUAGCGGGACUAAAUUGUCGGGCUGGCUACGCAACUGGUUAUUAUUAUGGUAUUCUAAUUUGCUGAUGAUCUGGCACGUUUUUUACAUAUAAAGGGACAAAGCAUCGAUGGAUGAAAACGGAUAUGUGAAAAUUAUUGGCAGAGUAAAGGUACUUCUUAAAUUUUUCAAACCGUAGCUAGAUUUUUGUAUCUGCAUGCGCAGCGGAUAUAAUGCUGUCGCCUUGUUGGCUUUUAGUUCCCUAACCCAAACUUUUCCGAUGAGUCUUCGGUGUGACGUGCUGCAUCAACUGAUUGCAAUUUUCGAUCUCCGUGUUGCGAAGUCAAUGUAUAGUAUCAAAUUUCCUUUCUUAGGACAUGAUCAUAAGAGGAGGAGAGAAUAUCUAUCCGAGCGAAAUUGAACAAUUUUUACACCAUCAUCCAAAAAUUCAAGAAGUAGAGGUACUCUGUAAACAAUUGGUCUACAUCAUGCGCAUGAAUACAGUAAAAAAUACAGUACUUCCACCCUCACUGCAACUCUAUAAAACGCCCCAGUUUCCCUGUUAGAAUUUGCAUUCAUUGGAGCACAAGGAAGAAUAGUUUAGUUAGAACCGAUAGAUCUUAGUUUAUAGUUUAACACCUAGCAACUUUAGGAAUAACUGCGGAUUAAUUAAAAAAAACUUAAUUCUUCUCGUACACGCAGUAAGUAAACUAUGUUAUGUGAACUACAUACAUAUGCAUGUAUGAUUAGCUACAAUCUUGGACAAAACAUCUGUGACACUUACAGUGUUUUCAUCCACUUUUUUAGAAUUAUCGCAAAACUAAGAAAACUCUCCCCCCUUCCCCCACCAUUCAAUGUUGAUUGCAUCCCCACAACAUAUUUAAAGUGAUCGUAGUAUGUUCAACAUUGUUUUGGGGAGCGGGGGAGGAUCAUUACAUGAAGAAAUAUCGCAGUCAUUAUAGUAACGUUCAAGAGCAGAAUUUUAAGCGAGUGUUGCAGAUGGUUUUGUCCAGGAUUGUAGGUUGAAAAUGACCCAUGUAAUCAGCGCCUUACGCAGGCAUGCAGUCUGUCUAAGUUAGUUAAUUAAGUUGAUAUCUAUGAUUUCCGCAUGCACUUAUGAAUAUAUUGAGUAUUUCUCCGUACGUAUGUAGUAAGGCGAGACUUUUUUUAUUUAUUGGUUUACGGAUUUUUUAGGCACUAGCCGGGCACAAUCCCGAAAAGUCGGGCAAAUUUCUUUCCGCCCCCCUGAUUUUUUCCUUCCGGUACGCCCAUGGAUUUGACUUUAAAAAUAAAAGGUCGGUAGGUCGGAAAAAAAUUAAAAAAAAAACGAACUGAGUAUAAAUGAGAACCGAAAUUAAUAAUCUUUAUAAAAUAUUUUAACGUCAAUUUAAAAAAAACAACAAAAAAACGUGGCUAAUCUACACAUUGAUUGUCACAACGAUAACAUGAGCCAGCAGUACCUAGAGUCAAAGUUCACUUGAAGUGUACUUCAUGUCAGAACCCCAAAUUAAUUAAAAUUAACUAAAAUUGUAAAUUUUAUUUUUUUAUUUUUCACUUUCUGAAUAUUUACGGUCGGCGGAUCCGUAAACCAAUGAAUAAAAAAAGUCUCGCCUAAUAUAUACCUCAACCCCAUCAACCACCUAACAAUGAUAUCAUGAUCAGUGCUAGAAAAUGUCCUGCAGCGCCAGCAGCACCGCUGCCAGAAAACCUUCAACAAAGUAUCUUCGCAGGAAAUUUUCUUACGUCCCACAGGAAUUUUCUGUCAUCUUGUGUAUUUGAAUUCAACAUAAUUUGCUUCUUUAAAAAAUCAAAAUCCGUUUUUAGAUCGACAUUUUCAUGCGUCGAAAAUGAAGUUUACCACUCUGGAACCUAUGGAUGAAUUUUUACAUUAAUUUUGGUUUGCGCAGGAAAUUUUUAUUUUUGGAUUUCGCUGCCAGGAAGAAAUAUAUUUUUCUACGCCUGAUCAUGCAUGCGUUGUAUGUAAAAUAGUGAUAUUUUCUUCAGGUUAUUGGAGUGCCAGACAAGAGGUUAGGUGAGGAGGUUUGCGCGUGGAUAAGGUUAGUUAUUCGGUUAGUUAGAAUAUUUUGAAUCACUAUAGAUAUAUUUUAUUGAUAUACUGUAGCUCUAUAUUUUCCAUCAAAAUUUGCGAAGAAAAAGCCAUGGGUAAGAGCCAUGGUCAUCGUUUCUUUCGCCCGAAUCCAUAACGGCCAGAGUUAGUGUUAGUAAUAAUUACGAACAGGAGUCAAAGGUGAGUAUAUUCGCCUUAUUUUAAUGAAGGAAGGAAAACUAGAUCAUCGUUAUAUUUUCGACAUGAAUUUAAUCUGGUGUUGUUGUAUUGUAUGCAGAUUAAUGAAGGGUGAGACCGCUACAACAGAUGAAAUAAAGGAAUUUUGCAAAGGAAAGGUAGAGCAUGUUUCUUAUUUGAAAUUGUUAACACUAAUAAAUGUACAAAUAAUAUAAGAUUUUUGGCAAGACAAGAGCGUAUAGGAGAGAGCCUGGGAACGAGGUUGCUCAAACGUACUGCUAUACAGCAGUUAUACAGUCCUUUGGUCUAUGCUUUUCCUCUCGGCACGAUGGAU